CUAAAUUGCGACUUGUCAAUGUCAUUGCUGUCACCACAGUCACACGGGUUGAUUACGGUUUUCGGGUGGUUUUACGUUGCCCUGAUUCUAGUCGGGGUUUUCUAAUGAGAGAUUUUCCAGGGACUAUUCCGCAUGUAAUAUCUAAGAAGUGGGCGGCAUUAUAGUGAUAAAAGUAAGGUGUCAGUUCAAUUGUGAACGAAAGAAGUUGUUGGUCAACAGUGCGGUGACAUGUCGUCGUCGGCAAUUUAUAUUCUUGAUGUUAAGGGAAAGGUCCUCAUUUCCCGGAACUAUCGAGGUGAUAUUGACAUGUCGGUCAUCGAUAAGUUCAUGCCGCUGCUCAUGGAGAAGGAGGAGGAGGGGCUCAUUACACCGAUUCUGCAGACCGCCGAGUGCACCUUCGCUUACAUUAAAACCAACAACCUCUACAUCGUAUCGACCACACGGAAAAAUGCUAACAUUGCUCUAGUUUUUGUGUUUCUGCACAAAAUCGUUCAAGUAUUCGUCGAGUACUUCAAGGAGCUCGAGGAGGAGAGCAUUCGCGACAAUUUCGUGGUCAUCUACGAAUUACUCGAUGAACUAAUUGAUUUCGGCUAUCCACAAACGACGGACAGCAAAAUCUUGCAAGAGUACAUAACGCAAGAGGGUCACAAGCUAGAGAUCCAGGUGCGCAUACCGAUGGCCGUGACGAACGCGGUGUCCUGGCGAUCGGAGGGUAUCAAAUAUCGUAAAAAUGAGGUUUUCUUGGAUGUUAUCGAAUCCGUGAACUUGUUGGCCAAUGCGAAUGGGAAUGUCCUGCGUAGCGAAAUAGUGGGAGCCAUUAAAAUGCGCGUGUAUCUGUCCGGAAUGCCAGAAUUGCGGUUGGGCCUGAACGACAAGGUCCUAUUCGAGAGUACCGGGCGUGGUAAGUCCAAGUCGGUUGAGCUGGAGGACGUGAAAUUCCAUCAAUGCGUGCGAUUGUCUCGUUUUGAAAACGAUCGUACAAUUUCCUUUAUUCCGCCCGACGGCGAAUUUGAGCUGAUGUCCUAUCGUUUGAACACGCAUGUUAAGCCUCUGAUCUGGAUUGAGUCCGUAAUCGAGCGACACGCUCACAGUCGCGUUGAAUACAUGAUCAAAGCCAAAUCACAGUUCAAACGACGGAGUACAGCCAACAAUGUGGAGAUCGUCAUCCCUGUUCCAGGCGACGCCGAUUCACCAAAGUUCAAAACGACUAUUGGCAGCGUGAAAUAUGCUCCCGAGCAAAACGCUAUCACAUGGACUAUAAAGUCAUUCCCGGGAGGAAAGGAAUAUCUCAUGCGUGCUCACUUCGGCCUUCCAAGCGUUGAGUGUGAAGACACGGAAGGCAAACCUCCAAUCCAAGUGAAAUUCGAAAUCCCCUACUUCACCACCUCCGGAAUUCAAGUUCGUUAUCUUAAAAUCAUUGAGAAGAGCGGCUACCAGGCCCUACCCUGGGUCCGGUAUAUAACACAGAACGGUGACUAUCAACUGCGGACGAAUUAGGGAACGUGUAUCGAAAAGGCUAUUCAAAUUCUAUAUAUAUUUUUUAUGCCUGCAACCUUUAUUUUUAUUCUUUAUUCGGUUUAUUUCUGGCGUACUUCAUUCCAGUUAAAAUCUAGUGCUUUUGCCCCAUCACAUAUUUGUACCCAGGUUGGACUGUAUUGUUUGGAUAGCAAAGUGUUGUUUUAAGGACAAUUUAUUUUUUACUUAAGCCAAUAUCAUGUGUAUUUAUCUUUUGAUAGUAUUUGUUCUUUAUCUAAAUUUUUAUUAGCGGAAAUAUACGUUUAAACGAACUGUUGGCGUCGUACUUAUUAGAGAGAAAACCUGUAUAUUUUUUAACUUAUGGGUAAUAAAUCAAGACAGAGAAAAUUGAAA